UCCCCCAUAACCAUCCCAACUGGGUAACAGUCAACGUGAUGUCUGUGAUGUGAUGUGAUAGAAACUACACAAACAGCAAACAGUUCCAAAACGAUAGUGGUAAGGUGGCGGUCGAGCACAGGCUGUCACAGUUACCCCACGUAGGAAUUUUUUACUGAUUACGAGAUUUGACAAGUGUGUGCUAUUACGUUAAAUUCGGAAUUACGUAAUCAAGUUACAUAGUGUUUGACGUGUUGAUGUUGCAGUGACCUGAAUAUUUUGGAAUACAUCGCUUUGUUUGGAAUAAGGGUUGAAAAUGAAGCUUAUUCCAGGGCAUCUUCCUCCCAUCGCAACAAGCACAAAUAUGGACCGUAUUCCUUUGCCUCUAUCGUUCAAUGCAGAUCUGCUAUGGAGGUAUCCAUUAGGUUUUCCACCUUUAUCUCACCAGAAUCCACCUUCGUCUCCUUUGUGGGAUUACAAAAGUCAACUUCCAGCUUCGCUUCCUUCAGACCCGAGACUCUGGAAUAGGGAAGACGUAAUUACUUUUUUGCAAUGGUCAGAAAGGGAAUUUGAUAUACAACCUAUAGAUCAUGAAAUGUUUCAAAUGAAUGGAAAAGCUAUGUGUUUUCUUACCAGAAAUGAUCUAUCUGAGAGAGCUCCCGGUUCCGGAGAUGUAUUGCAUAAUGUAUUGCAAAUCUUAGUGCGGGAAGCAAACAAUUUGCAGAGGAUGCUACCAAAUAGUCCCGUUACGCCGACAUCAAGACAUCCGUAUCCAUUAUCACCACAUUCACAUCCUCCUACACCUAACUGGAACAUAUUAUCACAAAACAACGAAUCUUCGCCUUCUUCACAUGCUGCUUCACUGGCUGCUCAGUUGAUGGCCCAAAGUAAUUCAGUGAUUCUUAGUCCUGCUCCAUCGAUCGACAGCCAAACAAGCAGCCCAUUGCAUGCGGAUAACCAGGGUUUCGGACACUCUAUCUUCAAUGUGAAUGGAAGUAAUGGCAGUGGUUCUAAUCCUUCGGAUUCAGAUGAAGAUAAUGCAGAUAAAAAAGGUUUUAAUGGAAGCCCUCCUAGCACUCCUAGUGCCUACAGUUUAAUGCCUCAAAUACCAUAUCUACUUCCUAGAAGCCCACAAGAAUCGGCUUCCAGUCCUAUCAGUUAUAAGAAUUCUGGUCGGGAGUUUUUUCCCAGUGACUGUCCUGAGCCAAAUACAAAUGGAAGGUUACUGUGGGAUUUUUUACAACAAUUACUCAAUGAUCCUGCUCAAAGAUACACAAGUUACAUAUCUUGGAAAAAUCGUGAAACUGGAGUAUUCAAAAUAGUUGAUCCAUCGGGUCUUGCAAAGCUUUGGGGAAUCCAGAAAAACCAUUUAUCGAUGAAUUACGACAAAAUGUCUAGAGCUUUAAGAUAUUAUUAUAGGGUGAAUAUCCUAAGAAAAGUUCAAGGAGAAAGACAUUGUUACCAAUUUCUCAGAAACCCAACUGAACUGAAGAACAUCAAAAACAUAUCACUAUUGAGACAACAAAUGUCCCCCACUAGUACUAAACCACCAAUAGCUACAAAUAUUUCCCAGAGUAUAGUUAAAUCUGAACCUGCCGAAAUGUCUGAUGAAAUAACUUCCUCUAGAUCUUCCACUGAGUAUGAUGAGAAACCAACGGAUUUGAGUAUUGAUGGACCUACUGACCUCAGUAACAACACAAGACACAUAAAUAUUGUUUGUUCGCCUGACCCUCCCAUCACAGGACCCCAUCAUUGAAGACUGAAGUUAUGAAAAUAUGUGCAUUAUCUAACAAUUAACUGGUGCCAAUAAUGAAAGACUUUAAAGCAUGUGCAAAUAAAAUAUAAGAUGUGUAUAUAAACUAGGUUAUAGGUUGAAAAAAACAGUGCAAUUUGUAUUGUUUUGAAAUACGUCUACGUGCCAAAAAUUUUUUCUAUUUUCUUGUGAAUCAUUUUCCUUUUCUUCAAAACUACACAAAAACAUUGAUUAACAAUUUACUGAUAGAAUGUUAACCGAUAUUUUUCAAUAAUUAAAUUAAAGGCAGCUUUACUUUGUUUUGUUGGAAAUCAAAGUGAUAAAUGAUGACAAUAUCAAAAAUGCUUUAAUAAAAUUUCAUAUAUGACUGUGACUUGAAUGAGAGAAUAAUAAAGGGUAGUUUUUUCAAUGCAUUAUAUAUCCAAACCUAAAAUUAUUACACAUUCCAGUAUAUGAGGCUAUUGCCAUAGUUGUAUUACUUUUAUAUACAAAUUCUGUAGUUAAAAUUUCCAACUCCAUUUGUGUGAUUUUGAUAGGUAUAUAUUUACAUUAUUAUAUAUGUAUAUGUAUUGAUAUAUACAUAUACAUUGGGAUUGUAUAUACAGGGUGGAGAAUGAACUUUAUUGCUAUUGUUAUAUUGGGUAUCUAUAUGAAUCUGUUGAGUUUUUCAUUUUGUGAAUCGAAUGGGGCAAUAUAUGUAUUAUCUACCAUCAAAAUUCAUUAUAUGUUUGUAUCUAGAUGAAUACAUAAAAAAUACAAUUCUAAGUGAAAUAAUUUUAAAAUAUAAUAUAACUGAUAUUGAACGAAGUGAAACAAUAAAAUGGCCUUUUGAACAUAAA